AUAUUUUUUUUAAUAAAAAUUUAAUUUUAAUAAAAGAAUAUAUAAAAAUAUUUUUUUGUAACUACGCAUGCGUAAGAAAAUGAAAUCGGAUUUUCUUAAUACAUUUUGAUACGAUAUGCAUCAAAGUAUUGUAUUAUCUAAAUAGUUAAUUGUCAAAAAUAAUAGACAUUUAGAACAACUAAAUACAUAUAAAAAUAUUCGUGAUUAAUGAUUUUGAAGUUUUUCAACAAAUAUUAAUGAAUUGUAACGAAAAGUUUAAAUAUAUUUAUUACGGUCAUGUCAUAAUUUUUCAUUUUUUAAAAUAGAAUUUUUGAAUUUAACAUCACACACAACAAGUGUAAAUAUAUAAUUAUGUUUGAAUGCAAGUUUAAUUUGCACAAAACAUUAUUAUUUUGUAUAUAUAUUUCAUUCAAUAAAAAAAAAAUUGAAUAAUACAAAUUUUAGAAUAAAAAACUUAUUAUUAAAAGAAUAUCAUUGCAUUUUAUAAAUUUUAAAAGUAUUGCUUUAAUUUAGAUGCAUUUAUAUAUUUAAUUUUAUAUUACAUUAAUUAAAUUAUGAAUUUUACAGGAAUUUUAAUGAUAAAAAAUAGCAUAGAAUAAUUAAUAAAUGUAUGAUUUAAUACAGUAUUAUAGACAAUAAGAUUUUCUUUACUUAAUAUUUUAAGCAUGUUUAAAUAGGAUUAUAGUAAAUAUAAUAUUUUAUGCAAAUGUGCACGUAUAAAUUCUUGUAUAAAAAGAAGACAACGCAUGAAAUUUCUUCAAAGAAGAGUCAGAAAAAAACUGGUUGCUUGUAGGCUGAUAUAAUUUUAUAAAAAUGGCAUGCAUAAAAUUAAGUAAAAAUGCAAGAAAAUUAUAUGCAAGAUAUUCAACCAAAAAAAAAACAAAAUGAACUUUUAUAUAGAUAUGGAUAUUUUUUAUUAAUGCUUUUGUGUAUGAUGCUUGCUUCUGUUAAACCACAUUUUGGUAAAACAAAUGGUAUUCUGAAUGGAAAUGUUAUCAUUCGAUAUUUUGCUAUUCCUUUAACAUACUUAGAAGCAGGUUUAUUGUGUGAUCCAAAAACGCUUUAUUUAACAUUAAGCAAUGGUUCUCUUUUAAUAUUUACAAUGACUUUCAUAUAUAUUUUAAUGCCUUUUCUUAUGAGACUUGGAGUAUGUUUAUUGACUUAUGCCAAUGUCAAUGUGUGGUUAUUAAAAGGAAUGGAAGUACUUUAUUGCAUGCCACCUCCAUUUAAUACAAGUUUUGUAUUAUGUCGAUUAGCACAAGCAGAUUUAUCAACAAGCAUUGUGAUUACUUUAGUAUCUCAUUUUGGAGGAUUAUUUAUAUCUCCUAUAUUAUUAUAUUUUGUGUUAGGAGCAUCUACACCACCUUUGGUUGGUAUAAACAUAAAAGAAACCAUUUAUAGUACUAUUAUACCACUAAUUAUUGGUAUUGCAAUUCAAAUUAUUAUUUUAAAGUACAAUAUUUGUCCAAAAAUUAAAUCAUCUUGGUUUUCUCAAGGAUUAUUAUUAGCUACAGCAUAUCAUUGGUUUUGUGAUGCAUUGUUAGUAGAUGCAUCAUCUUUGCAAGCUUCUGAUGUAUUAUUAUGUGUAUUAAUUGCCUGUGCGGGACAACUAUUUGUUAGCUGCUUAUGUUGGAUUUUGUGCUCUCGAUGGUUACCUCGAAAUAUCUUACUAGCUACACUUUUUACAAGUACUCACAAAUCAGUUGGUCUUGGUAGCUGGAUUUUACGUGGUGCUUAUCAUGGUUCAGCUCAUGGUUCAGCUGUAAAUUUACCAUUGUCAAUAUUACCAGUUGCACAAUUAUUAUUAGUAUAUAUUGAAACAACUAGUGUAAAAUUAUGCACGAAUAAGUUUUUUCAAUUCUAAUCAACUUAGUUUCAUUGAUAUUUGAUAAAAGAAAAUCAUGACAAUUAUACAAUACACUGUACAUCAUUACAGGAACAAUUUUAAAUAGUACAUUAAGUGAAAGUAAAAAAGAAAAACCAAUUACACUACUUCGAAGCGUUAUACGCUAUAUCUUACUUGGUAAUUAUAUAAUAAUAAAUUGUAUUUGUAUCUUACAAGUUAUAAAUAUAGUUUCUUCACUUUCGAUUGUAAAA